AUGAUGCGCGCGGGUUUUAACGUUCCGCAGGGCUUUGUCAUCGACAUCGACGCAUUUAUCAGUCACUUUGGCGAGGUCACAGACCCACUGGUCAAACCCACACCACCGCGACUUCAGGCGGAGUUGAUGAACAACGUGAUGCAGGCCCUGCUCAGCUAUCUGCCAGAUGCCGGUGAACUGGCCGUGCGCAGUUCAGCAACAGAUGAAGACGGUCAGCACGCCAGCUUUGCCGGUCAACACUCGACCUACUACUUUGUCACGCCCAAUCGUAUUGAUCAGGCGAUUCUCGAUUGCUGGAUGUCUUUGUGGUCCAGUGCCGCCUUAGCGUAUCGUCGCGAUGGCUGGGUAGAAGUCAGUAGCGGCGAAACACCGCGCAUGGCUGUCAUCAUCCAGAGAAUGUUACCCGCAACCCGUUCGGGCGUGGUGUUCAGCGCGGAUCCGGUUAUUCCAGACAGCACUGACUGCGUCAUCGAAGCCACCUGGGGAUUGGGUGCCGCGCUGGUGGAUGGACGCGUCACACCGGAUCACGUACGCAUUAACGAAGAUCAGGACUUGUAUAGCUAUCACGUAAGCGACAAGCGCAUGCGGGUCAGCGUAAGUUCUGAAAAUCAGGCCGCAACCCGCCUGCAGGAAGUGGGGCAGGAUUUGCGUAAUGCGCCGGUGCUGAGCACUUUCGAAGCAAACCAGAUUGCAAAUACGGCAGCGCAACUGGAAACGCUGUUUGAUGGUCCCCAGGAUGUAGAGUGGGCCUACGUGGGCGAUGAAUUAUUCUGGCUGCAAAGUCGACCCAUCACAAAGCUUGCUCAGACCCAUGCGUUUACCGAGCCGCUGGUCUUAUUCAAACCGCUGGCAGAAAAUUUCACCGAGCCGAUGACCCCACUGACUGAAGAUUUAGUGGCCCGGGUCUUGCCGAAAAUCGGCGCUUUUUACGAAGGUCGUCUGUACCUUAACCUGGAUAAGCUGCAGAAAAUCAACGUCUUCGAGUUGAGCGAAAACGAACUCGUAGAAGCUGCUCUACUGCGAGGACUACCGGAUAGACUGCAUAUUUCGUGGCAGAAACUGCUGCAGAUACUGCCGGUAUUUGUGUUGGCUUUCCUGUUUGACGGCGCCCACUGGCUGCGCACACAGCGGGCAUCUUACGCCGCCCUCGCGCGCUACGCCGGGUUCGCCAGAUCCGUCCAGGACAAUCCAAAAUUAUCCCUGCACCAGGCCGCACGCCAGUUGAUCUGGGGACACUGGCCGUUUGCACCCAUCGGCUACCGCAUCUUCUAUACCAAUGUCUCAGCGGGCCGAUAUUUUUUCUACAUCGGCCUGUUAAAAGCGUUUAUCAAACGUUACGCACCCGAAUAUCCCCAGGAGCAAUUGAGCACGACGUUCCACGGACGCGGUGAUAUGCAGUCCAUGGAACUGCUGAGGCAAACUGACUAUUUAUCAGGUUUGCUGUAUCGGAGUAUCGAAACUGAUGCCGACCUCGCGGCUCGAGUAGCGCAGAUCAUCAACGGCAGUGCCAGCGAACUACCUUCAGAUACCGAAUUUGCGCUCGCCUUCGAACAGUUCCUGCAGGAUUUUGGCCACCGCGGUCCAAAAGAGUUGGAACUGGCCUCUCCCAGCUGGCGGGAGACGCCAACUGAGCUGCUCAAACUGCUCUACAACAACCCACCUCGCGAAGCUCGGGUAGACCGGAUCCAUGGUAACCACCUGGCCGCACGCGACACCCUGAACCAACACCUGAAACCCUGGCAGCGACGGAUCGCCAGCUUUCUGACCAGCAGGAUCUGCCAUUUCAUGGCACUCCGGGAAAACACCCGGCACUUUCACAUUAUGGGUUUCGAUGCACUUCGCCAGAAAGCGCUCACGCUGGAGCAUCAGCUGAUUCGCGAGGCUAAGUUGCGGGUUGCAGGCGAUAUCUUUUUCUUAACCGAAGCAGAAAUAACCGAUCUGCAGGAGGACACCCUCAGCGCAACACAGGCGCAUACCCUGAUCAGAAAACGCCGGCGUAACUGGCAGCGUCAAGCGCGCCUGAACGCACCUCAAACGCUCAACAUCAACAGAGCAGUGUCUUCCAACGACAGUUUAUGCGGACAGUGUGCAAGCCCUGGAGAAAUUGAAGGUGUGGCGCGAGUCGUCACCAGCCUGAGUGAGGCGCACACUUUGUGUGAGGGAGAAAUUCUGAUUGCACCCUACACUGACCCCGCCUGGACACCUUUGUUUCCAAGAGCCGCUGGCGUAAUUGUUGCGACAGGUAGCUUCCUGUCCCACGCAGGCACCAUCGCCAGGGAGCUGCAGGUACCCUGCCUCGUUGACGUGGCAGACUGCACCCGCUUGAUUCAAACAGGUGCACUACCGUUCAGCGUCUGGUUGCUGGCCAACAUCUGUUGCGUUAUCGACGAGCCGAACCCCGCACGUGCGGCACUGCGUCUGGUAGCCAGCCUCUGUAUUCUGGUGGGGUUUCUACUGCUGACUUCCGUUACUUUCUGGCAGCCUGUGGCCUGGGCAUUGGGGUUUGUCGUGACUGCGCACCUUUUGGCUUUCUACGCCUUUUUCCGACCCAGUCUGGGCGCUGCCAUCUACCGGCAACAGCCGCCAGCGACCCCUCUGCUGGUCGACGAAGCGGCGCGCCUCGAGUUGGGCGCGGGCACCGGCUUCAUUGGUCCGGCUCUGCUGAGCUGCGAUGGUCAGGGCCAGUCGCCUCUGCCAGGCUUCGGGAUUGUCGCUGAUCCAGCUGUCAGUGUGACGCAGGUCAGAAACUUUCAAAUGUGCUGCGGCACGGGCUUCAGCGGAUAG